GCUUGCGCGUGGAUGUUGUCGCCGGCAAUGUGGUCUUGGGCAGCAUGUCUGCUGGAAAUACGGGCAGCCGUUGGUCGCAGGCUUUGGCGUCCAUGCUGUCGUCGGAGGCAGAGGGGUUGCACUCUGACCAAGUGACGUUUUCCGCAGUGUUCUCGGCCUGCGAGCGCAGUGAGUGCUGGCAGCAGGCUUCGGCCUUGCUUCUGCAACAUAUGCUGCGCCGGCGCUGCAUGCCGGAUCGCAUCGCAUGCGGCGUUGUCGUCAGUGCAUGCGCAGCAGCUGCCAAGACAGACCAGGCUUUGCGACUGCUUCGUUCCGUGAAGGCUCUCUCCGUAGAGGUGCACGCAAAUGCUGCCAUUGCCAGCUUGGCCACCACAGGGCGCUGGGCCGAGACUCUGGGGUGGCUCGCUGAAACGCAAGGAACAGACGCAGACCCAGUUUCGUACGGAGCCUGUAUUGCAAGCUGCGAGAAGAGCCAGAAGUGGGAAUUGGCCGAGCUGCUUCUCCGGAGUUUCUUGCGCCGCAGGGACGCAGCUGCUGGCAGCAUCCUAUACAACUCCUGCAUCAGCGCCUACAGGCGUGGGAAGCAGUGGCCGGUUGCUUUGCAUCUCCUUGCCGGGAUGAAGAAGAGUGGCGCCAAGGUGGACGAGAUCACUGCGGGUGCUUGCGUCAGCUGCUGCGAAAAGGCUGCGCAAUGGCGCUGGGCAUAUUCGUCGCUCCGAUCACUUUCAAACGGAACUGUCCGCCCAUCGAUGACUUCCUUCAAUGCCGCCGUCUCAUCGCUUGAGAAGUCCACCUGCUGGGAAGAGGUCAUGAGAUCAAUGGUCGCCAUGGCCUGGGAGUCCCUCGAGAGCGAUGUGCUGACGCAGAUUGCAGCGGUGGGCUCCUGCAGCAGGCAGUGGCAAAUGGGCUUGAGUCUGCUGGAUGACCUGGGUGGAUACGACGACGCUUCUGCUGCAGCAGCCUACGAACCC